AUGCAAUAUCUAAGCGCUGCUGAUAGUCGCAUCCAGGUGCGCCUUGGUGAGCACAGCCUGUCCUCCAACGAGGGCACCGAACAGUUCAUCGACUCCGCCAAAAUCAUCAAGCACCCCAACUACAACGACUACAACCUGGACAAGGACAUCAUGCUCAUCAAGCUGAGCCGCCCGGCUGCACUCAACAGCUACGUCCAGACUGUGGCCCUGCCCAGCAGAUGCCCCGUAGCCGACGAGGGCUGCAUGGUGUCCGGAUGGGGCAACACUACUGUAGCUGACCCUGAUGGAUCAGCUGCCAAGAUAUGGCCGUAGGUGAUGGACAUUUAAAUUGCAUAGAUUAAUUAAUCAUUUUUAUUUAUGAGUUUGUGAUCUCAUUUGUUGGUGUGCAAAGUUGGGUGGAUUUAAUGAAUUUGUGCGUUAGUCUGGUGACCCUUUGUGUCACGUGACCUUACCUGGUUAUAUGACCUGGAAGGGCUCUGGCACAUCGGACUCGAAAGACUGAGAGAACACGCACUAAUUAUGUUCCCAAUCAAUCUACUGCUGGUUU